AUGGAGAUCUUCGGCCUUGUCCUCAUAGACUUCGGCCCUGACUCUCUUUUCUUCUUCCUUGAUCAAUACUUUGGUGAUGGAGAUGUUCGGCCUCUUCUUCAUGACAUCGGCCUCUCUCUCCUUUUCUUCUUCCUCUCUAAUACUAGGGAGAAAUCAGCUUUGAAGAAAUUCUCAAAGAGAUUCUUGAAAGAUGGAUCAAUCGGGAAUGAUUGCUCGAUCCAAACGCCAUUCGCCACUUUAAUGAUUGGUCGGCCAAAAGUGAUACCAUCCGCAAAGACUAAUGAAGCCAUAACGCUGAAAAUAGCGUUUAGCUCGUCGAUGGAAAAAGAUUUGAGAAAGGAGAGGACUACACCUGAGAGUGAGUCUCAGCCGGGACCAGAGACCAUCAUGGUGAGUGCCGUGUUUAUUGACGCGGACGAGAAAACGCUGUUAGAGCGUUUGGCAACAGUAGAGAAGAGAUGCCACGAAGAGAUCAUCGCGGAAUCGUUUUGUUUCUUCAUUGCUUCUUGCACGUUCAUGGCUGAGUUUGACAUGCUACACAAGCGAUAG